AUGUCUAUCCAAGGUAAACUGAGUUUGGACAAUACAAACCUAGAAAAAGUACCUGUUUCACACUCUCUUCAGUAUGGAUUACGAAUGGACGGCGGAUAUGGUUGGGUAAUCGUGUUUGCAACAUUCUUGAUCGUGUUCUCUCCUAUGGGUUUAAAUUCGGCCUUCGGGAUUUAUUUUUCAUUCUAUCUUGAUCAUGGAGCUUUUAAAGGUGGCGGUAGGAUAGAUUAUGCCAUAAUUGGGGGAAUAUCUUUUUGA